AUAAUACCAUCUUCAAGUUCAUUCCCCUUGUAUAAGCCCUCUAUGCAUCCUUUCCAUAUUUCACAUUUCCCUUCUUUGCUUAGUACUGUUUUCCAUCUGAGCUCUUUGUAUUCUCUUUCCUCUAAAGGCCUUUUUAAUUUUUCUACACACAUUAUCCAUCUAUGCUUAUAUAUCAUUACAUUUUCCUCUAGACAUUUUUCAGUUCCUGUCAAUCUCAUCUUUCGACAUUUCUAUUUGCUUUUGACUGCUCAGUUCUUAAGUUUUCUCCUUUCAACUGUUACAUUCAAUGUCUCUCAUGAUAUCCAAGGACUUCUACCAGGCCUUGUCUUUCUUUCUAUGUGAUCCCCUCCUGCAGCCUUCAGUAUUUCAUCUCUCAAAGCAACCCAUUCGUCCUCCACUGUAUUCCUUUCCCCUGUUAUAGUCAGUUGUUGCCUUAUGCUCCCACUGAAACUCUCAAAAAAAUCUCUGGUUCUUUCUAUCUUUGAUUUACUACCUUUUCGCAAAUUCUGCAGAUUUGCUCUACAGUUCAUAACCAAUAAGCCAUGGUGGAGUCCACAUCUGCUCUGGAAAUGUCUUAUAGUUUAAAAUCUGGUUCCAAAGUAUCUCUCUUCCCAUUAUACAAUUUAUCUGAAAUCUUCUGGUGUCCCCUGGUUUCUUACGUGUAUACUACCUCAUUUCACUAUUCUCAAACCACGUGUUAGUGGUGAUUAAAUUAUACUCCGUGCAAAAUGCUAUCAGGUGGCUUCCUCUUCCAUUCUUCCCCCUCCCAGUCCAUACUUCUUGUUCCCACUAUCAAAUUGCCAGCCCCCAUUACAAUUAAAUUUUCAUCUCACAUAACUAUCUGAAUAAUUCCGUUUCGUUACACAUUUCUUCAAACUCUUCAUCAUCUAUGGAGAUAGUUGCUAUAAAACCUGUACUACUGCAGUGAAUGCUGCUGGCUUCAUGCCUAUUGUGGCUACAAUAAUGCAUUCACUAUGAUGUUCAUCAUAGUUUAUUUACAUUCCUAUUUUCUUAUUCAUUAUUAGACAUACUCCUGUAUCCCAUAGCAGUCACAAUUUUUUUUUUUUUUUAAAUUGCAGCUACUAUGGAAUUCCAUGAUAAAUAGUAAACUAUGUCGUGGCAACUGAAGAUUAAAAAGGUAUCUUUCUUUAAAUAUAUACAAUAAGCAUAGUUUCUGAAGAAGAGUUACAAUACUAGUUCUUCAUUUCAACAUGUUAUCCAGUUCCACACUCGGAUAUUUUGAACAUCGCUCAUCUCUUAUUGUCUUUUUCCUCCCACAAUGUUACAUUUUGCAUGGAAAUGACUGUAUGUACUAAGUUUUAUUUAUUUAUUUAUUUAUCUAUCCUAAAUUAAGUCACUGACCUACACAUAAAAAUAUAUCAAUACUUCCACUGAAAAAUUUAUUUGUGAUUUCUUGCAUUUUUAUAUCUGUAUUGGUGUUUAUUAUAAUGAUAUAAACAUCAGGUAUUACUAAUCAUACUUUAAUGUUAAGUAAUGUCUAUUAGUAACAAGAAGGUAGCGAUUUCUAAGUGUGUCAGUACUGUACUGCAAUACGUUUUCAUUCUGGUGCACUCUCUCACUCUCUCUCUCUUGAAUACGUUAUUGAAUUUAAACCCUAUGAUAAUGAAUGCUUACAGGGAAAAGGUAUUAAGACAACAGGCAAACUGAGAAAUCCUACAUACAGGCUAAUAACCACAUAUGCACACACACCCAAUCAAAAAAAAAAAAAAAAAAAAAAAAAAAAAAAAAAAAAAAAAAUGGAUUCAGAAAAAAGAAACAUACAAGCUGAGAGGAUCUUGUCGGCACUUCUAAUUAAUAAUACUUAAAAUUUCUUAAUAGCUAAUACACAUAAAUUGCUGACAAGGGUAACACGGAAGAAUGGUGAAGUAAGCCAAUCUGCUAGAUGACGAUUUGUUUGGCUUUAGAAAAGGUAUAGGCACCAGAGACGCAGUUCUGACAUUAUGGUUGAUAAUAUAAUGAGACUUAAAAAGAAACAUCAAGACAUGUCCAUAGGAUUUGUAAACCUGAAAAAGUGUUUAUAAUUUAAAGUGAUGCAAGUUAUGUGAGAAUCUGAGAAAAUACAAGAAGAUAUAGAGAGACACAAGUAAUACACAAUAUGUACAAGAACCAAGAAAGAACAAUAAGUGUGUAAGACAAACAACGAAGUGCUAGAAUUAAAAUGGUGUACAAUAGAGAUGCAAUUCUUUAGCCCUUUUGUUCAAUCUAUAUAUCGAAUAAGAUAAUAGAAAUAGAAUAAAGUUUCAAGGGUAGUAUUAAAAUUCAGAGUGAAAAGUUAUCAAUCGUAAGAUUCAUUGACGACACAAUCCUCCUCAGUGAAAGAGAAUUAAUGGGCCCAUUGAAUACAAUAAUCAGUCUAACGAGUACAAACACAGAUUGAAAGUAAACUGAAGAAAGACCAAGGCAAUGGGGAGUGGCAGAAAUGAGAUUAGCAUUAAACUUAAACAUCACAAUUGAUGGUAACUAAGUAGAUAAAGUGAAAGAAUCCUGAUAGCUUUGAAGCAAAAUAACAUAUCACGAACAAAGCAAAGAAGACAUAUGGAAGACUAGCAGAGGCCAAGAGAGCACCCCUGACCAAAAGAAAUCUAAUGGUAUUGAACAUGUGCCUUAAUUUGAAGAAGUAAACUGAACAAUUUGUGAAAACAGUAGGAAAUUAAGAUAUGGCACCUGCAUAAGUUCUAAAAACCAGAGGUUGAUGAGAGUUUCAAAGGGAAUAUUAGGCAACAACUGAUGGAAACAGGAAGAAAGGAAUAUAUUGGAAAACGAAUGGGUUGCUCUGAGAUGAAAUAGUAACGACUGUGGAGGUUCACAUAGGGGAAAAGACAAAGCCUAGUAGAAAUCCUUGGAAAUCACAGGAGAUACUGAACUCUGUGACCAAUCGGAACGACGGGAGUGAAAGCUGCUGGUAACCAUAGAUUAAACAUUUGUAUAUCCACACAUCGUAAACUUGCAGAAACUUACAGAUGCAACGCUACGCACUUAUCUCGUUAAUGUGCAUAUAUAACAGAUACGGUUCUUACCCUGUAUGUCUGUCGUAGCUCCGAAUACGUUUAAAAUUAAAAAAAUUGUGAGGCCCAGGACCAAAACUAACAACGUAAUUCCUCGUUGUCGCUUCCAAUAUGCAAAUCAAUAGCAAUCAAGUUAAAACUAACGGUAAAAUACGAAAACCAGCACUAUAAAAACACUUCGAAGUUCUUGGAUGUAAUUUAUAUCACAAUUUCUGGAAAAAUAGUUGCUUAUUUAUUGAACUUGAAGGCUUGAGCCACUACAUACGUAAUGUCCAGAUGUUGUUCGCACUUUAAUGAUGUGGAGUGAUACAAGAUGUAUGCCUUUCAAGACAGUGAAGUAUGUGAUGCAACAACGAUGCCUACUUAUGAAACGAAAAGUACACGAAUACUUAGAGCUUACGGUGUCAAUAUGACAUUUUCACUAUUUCGUGACGAAACACCGCUUAUACUCAUACGGCACAUCAAACAGCAACACACUGCAAACCACUAUAUGUAUAUUAAAUAAACAGCAAAUUCUAAAAAAAAUUAAAAAAUCGAAUUCCGUCAGCAAUUUAACCACUCCUGUGUCUGGCUGACAAGCUCAUUUCACGCUACUUUUUAUAUGUAGGAUCUCUGAUUUAGGGGAGUGGUAUAUGAGUGCGGAUACAAUAACAUUUGCCGAAAUCAUGGAUAGGCAAUCGCGUUGCAAGUGGUCGACGGAAGAAACUGAGACUCUGCUUUCCCUCAUCGAAGAGUUCGACAUGAUACCUUCGUUAUUUUUCCAUCGCUGCAAUCGUGAUACAUUUAGACGACUUAGUUCAGAACUGAGCACUCGGUUUGGUAUACACCGAACCAAAGAACAGGUCCGUAUACGAUGGAAACAUAUGAAGCACGAAUACGUAAUGACAAAAAAGACAAACAGCCGACACCAUCUCUCAAAAAGCGUGGAACCUAUUUUUGACAGACUCGAUAUUUUAGUGGAGCGAGCGCAAAGAGGGCUGAUAAGCCACAUCGAAAGUGCCACUUUAGUCGAGGACAGCUUCCUGGGGCCGCAGGAGCCGCUGCUGCUGGGGCAUAUCAAAGAGGAGCCGCCCGACGUGCCGUCGACGUCUGCAUCGCCGCCGCCACCAUCUCGCUUCAUCCGCCCUACUCUCAGGGAGCAUCAGCAGCAACCAUGGCCUCGCCGCCAAGUUCCGCAGCAGAUGCCAGGGACGAGUGGAGGACCAGGAGGAGGGGGAGGUGGUGCUGGUGGAGGUGGAGGUGGUCAGCAGUCUGCGAAGCAGUCGGUUGGGCAACAGAUGGCAAUGCUUAAGAAGCAAGUUGGGCAGCCAGGCACAAUGCAGCAGCACGGUGCCAACAAGGCUACAGGCCCACCUCGGCGUGCAGUGAGCCCAUCCCCACCGCAGUCGCCACAAGUGGCCCCUCCGGAGGUUUGCCUGCGUUGGAACAGCUAUCACUCAAACAUGCAAGCCACUUUCCCCAGCUUGCUGACCAAUGAGCAGUUUGUUGAUGUGACGCUGGCGUGUGAAGGGCGCAGCAUAAAAUGUCACAAGGUCAUCUUGUCAGCUUGCAGUUCGUACUUUGAAGGAUUGUUAAGUGAAAACCCAUGCCAGCACCCAAUUGUUCUGAUGAAGGAUCUGCGUUAUUGGGAAGUGCAGGCACUUGUUGACUUCAUGUAUAGGGGAGAAGUCAAUGUUGGUCAAGACAAGUUACCCUCAUUGCUUGCUGCUGCAGAGGCUCUCCAAAUCAAAGGAUUAGCAGGACCUGCUUCCACUCCAUCCUCACAAGAUGAAGAUUCAAUGCCCGCAACUAUUGAGGAUUUUCUGGAUGAGCAAGUGCCGUCUCCCAUAACUGAGAGGCGCAUGCGGAAGCGAAGAAUGAUGGGUUCUCCACAGCAGCAGCCUAUAAGGCCACAGCACAUUCAGCAGCAGCAGCACCACCACCAGCAACAGCAACAGCACCAGCAGUUACAGCAGCAGCAGCAGCAGCAUCAACAGCAGCAUCAACAUCAGCCACGCCAUCAGCAGCUACAGAGCCAUUCUCAGCCACAUCCACAACCCCAACCCCAACGACAUGUCUCUCUCCAAUCCUCCACCUCAUCUGUAGGACAACCACCCAUGGGAAGAGUUCCAAGACAGCAGCAGCCUCAGCAGCUCCCAGCUCGCAACCCUCCUAACUCUAUACCAUCCACCUCAGGUUACCGGCACGAACAGCCAAUGUCUGAAGCUGCCCCUCCACGAAAGCAACGGAGAUCUGAACCACUACCAGAAGUGAAAAUUGAGCCAAUUGAUAUUGACUUGAGUAAUGAUUCGAUGGAUGAAGAAUUUGUUGAAAAAAAAUUUACACUACCUACUGAAGCCAAAGAUGAUGGUGGUGGAGCAGAGACAGUGACUGAACCUGUGACUGAGCAGAAACCUGAUAUUGAGACGGAAAAUUUUAGUGCAACUGAACUAUCGAAUGUGCAAGAAAUGCAAGACUAUCCUUUCGAGCCGGGGAGCAACAGCUGUGGAGCUAAAUCUGAGAACAUUGCAGAAGUCACAAGUGAUUCUCCAUUUGGCAGUAGUCCAGGAGGAGAUGAUGUCAAUUCUCGUGAUGCACCGGGUGAAGAUUAGGCCUGCUGCGUCGUCCUGACAGUUCCUAAUGCUCCACUGAAUCGUGAUAUUGUUAUGUGACUUGGGUUUUUUCCCUUUAACUCAGAAAGACUGUGAAGGUGGAAAACAUAGUUUUGACAGGUACAUUUUUUAAUAAUUGAUGUGUAAGAAAGUACGCACAGAGAAGGGUAUAGUGCAGACGUUCUGGGGCCAUCCAUAAAAAUAAUCUGGUCUCUGAACUAUGUGAAAUGAGGUAGCAUUUUAUACUUCUAAUUAUAUUUAUUUAAACCAUAUACUGGAUUGAUAUGAUAGUCCGUGACUAUACAGAAACAGUACAUAUUUCAUUCAUUUAAGACUCAGUCUCAUUACGUGAUACAUGUUGGUUACAUAUUUCAUUCAUUCAGAACUUGUGUUCUCAUUGUGACGUAUUGGUAAAUUACACAAAUUAAAAUCUGAUGUUCAAGAUCUGAUGUUCAUAAUUAGUCACAUUAACACCUUGAAAACUGAAAGUAAUGCUGAUGUAUUCUGGUUUAUAGUAACUGUGAACUAAAGAGCUAUUAAGAAAGAUUAUUUUUUGUAUCGGCAGGUUAGCUAUAAUUGAUGUUUUUAUAUUUUGCACAAGGUUAGAUACAUUGGAUGCAAAAUGUUUUAUGGUUUGCUUCUAGCAAUAUUUCAUUCUGUCCUUGCCCAAAAGUGAUGACACCAGUGGUUUAGGCACACAGUGGCAAUACAUUCAUUAGCAAAGUCUCGUGAAAUGUUGUUAACAGAACACUCUUCUAGUGAGCCUAAAUGUCUUCAAAUAUGUUGAAUCACUUGCCUUGAUUGUUUAAAAAGUGUUGUCAGACGAUGGCAGUAUGGUGUAGCCAUAUUUUGUGGUGCCUUGCAUCAAACAUCAUUAUUUAAAUGAAGUUUGGUGCUCAAUGAAUGUGUGUUUCAUGCUGUGUAGAAUUCUAUGCUACAACUGGUUACCUGUAAGGAUGUAAAUUUGUAAUAUUCAUUUGAAUGUUCCUAUUCUUGAAAUUUUGGGCAGAAUGUUACAUAAAAAUGGGAAAGAAGUGAUUUUGAUCUUCCUGUACAGAUAAAGCAGCUUAUUACUUGGAUGUGCUGGUUAAUUUUCUUUCCUGUAACUCGUCAUCCACUACAUUGUAGCAAUCUGGAGGUAUGUUUUUCUCACCCCCCCCCCCCCCUCCCCCACUUUCAAAACUAGGAUGUAGGAACCCGAAAUAAAUAUUGCAGUAUUGGAUUGCACACAAUUCGCCGUAGUAGUUGGAUUGUGUCAUGAAGAACAAUAUGAUAUGUUAUAUAUGUUGUCUGUAUUAAAAAUUUCUUUUUUCUAAACAUCCAUUAUUUGUAAGGCAGUUUAUUUUGUUAAAAAUGAUGUACCCAAAGAAUACCUUGUUCAUCAGACUGAUCAGUAUGCACUGUCCAAAGUAGACAUUUUCCCCUCCAUAUUAUUAGUUAUAAGUGUGUAGUUGUUACAUUUGAGUUUGAUGUUUUUGUAGAAAUAAUGAAAAAUAAAAUCUGAACAUGA